AUGACGUCCACACAGCAGGAUCAUGUCGUCCUUCUCGUCGACGACGCCGUCUUUGAAAACCUACCUUCUUGGGUUACCGACAACUUCACCGUUACACCUGGAGGUUACCACGACGGCCAGUCUUCUCGCAACAAGCUGGUACUCUUCGCUGAUGGCAGCUACCUAGAGUUCUUCAAUUGGUAUGGCACACCACCGUCUUUGGACGAUGUCCACUUGCCGAUGAGAUUCUGGGGACCCAAAACCCCAGGACUGAUCGACUUUGCAGUCACCGACACAACCCACUCUGCCGAGGAAUCGGUCAGCAUGGUUAACCAACGCUUGUCGGAGGAGCCGGACAAGGAUCCUGCCGGUCUUGGUGUCAAGUUCGGCAACCCCGUUGCGGGAUCACGCAAGAAGGCCAAUGGUGUGGAGAUUGCGUGGACCGUCACACGUCCAGAGUUCUCCGAGGGUGACAAGACGCCCGCUGAAAAGCUCUUCGUUAACGGCAGAAUCGACGUUCCAUUCUUCUGCCACGACGUCACCCCGCGAGCCGACAGGGUUCCAAGCCACGAGGAGGAUAAGACGACGCAUCCCUGCGGCGCCACUGGCAUCGCAGCCUGCGAGAUUCUCGUGCCCAGCCACCUACGCGCCGAAUACGCCGCCGUCUAUGCAAAGGUCCUCGGCUCCAAGCUCGAGCCUGCUGACGGCCAAGGCGCGCAUACCCUCGACAUUGGCGUCCCUCAGGGACCUACCCGUUCUGCGGUGGUGGUGCGUGCUGCCCAGACUGAACAUGAUAUCAGACGCAUGCAGGAAAGAGGGAUUGGCUUCUCCGAUCUUGUCAUUGCCGUCAAGUCCGAUGGCCCUGGCAGCGGGGCGAGGCGCCCAUUGGGCUCCACGGGCAUCGAGUCCACGAUCUGGCUGGAGAAGACGGAGUGA